CACAAUAGUUGUCUGAUGUUAGAUAUGGUCAGCACUAGCAGUCACUACUUAUCAUGCAUAGAUUAUUCAUUAAGCACUGGUUUGUUGCACUAACCCUCAGAGGUAUUGCUGGAAAUGUGUUGUUCACAAUAAAUGAAGAUGUCCUUCAAAAUAAUACAACUAUACCGUGUUGUCAGGCAAAGCAAAUUGUAACCUGUCAACGAAUAAAUGUCAACUUUGAUACUAUUGGAGAACAUUUUUUAACUUUUCCGGGCAAUUUGACUUUGGAAUUUGAUGAUUUUAUUGGAAAAGAUGAAAAUUGUCUUCAUUAUGGAAGUAACUUUACCAAUGCUAUCAUUACCUAUGAUCCUGUAAAAAAAAGUUUGCAUGGCCAUUUACAAAAUCCAGUGGGUAAAACAUUUAUCAUUGAAAACUGUGGCAUGUAUGGUCACAUUUGGAAGGAAAUAAAUGUGCAAGAAUUGAUAGAGCAUUCGGUGACAGGGUUAACAAAUGCAAACAUUGCAAUUGAUGAGAUGGCCAGUCAAAACGUACUUCCAGUAAUUAAUGAAGGAGUUGAUAAUUUUUCAUUAGUAACAAUAUCUGUAAAAAUAUACUACACCAAAGAGUUUGCUGCAGUAACACCUGACAUAAACGGGUAUGUUAAUCAAAUGCUUGCUGAAACAAAUCAGGGAUACGCCAACAGCAAAAUACCUCUAAACAUAGUCAAUCAUUGCAUUGAGCUGGCUACAAUAAAAGAGAGGGCUGAUCCUACUUCAAUGAUCUAUACCUUUGCAUACAUGAAAUAUUCAGUUGAAGAGUUAAGAGAAAGCGCAGAUGCUGCUGUUCUUCUUGUAAGCAGCAUGAACGCAUGUGGAAUUGCUUUCUUUAACACAAUUUCCAAUGGUCUGACCUUAUCAGUGUCCAUGAAAUCAUGCGCAGUUGGAUACUUCACAUUCAGUCAUGAGCUAGCACAUAAUUUUGGUUGUCAACAUGAUCCACUAACUACAACAAGUACAGCAUAUCCCUAUGGACAUGGAUAUUUAAUACCAGCAGGGUCAGGUCCUGGAGGAUAUAGAACAAUAAUGGCUUACAGCCAACCUACAUUUGAAACUAGAAUAAACUAUUACUCUAAUCCCAAUUUAAAACUUAGUUUUACCGGAACAUCAAUUGGGCUACAAAAUGUAUCAGACAACGCUCAAAUUCUUACAAAUAAUAGAUUCAGAAUUGCUUCCAUCGGAAAUGAAUCUCUAUUAUGUAAACUUAUAAUACCUGAUAUACAAUUUGACAGUUUGACAGAAACAACUACUGAUGGAGAAACAACCACUGAUGAAAAAACAACUACUGAGGGAGAAACAACUAAUGAUGGAGAAACAACUACUGAUGGAGAAAUAACUACUGAUGGAGAAACAACUACUGAUGGAGAAACAACUACUAAUGGAGAAACAACUACUGAUGGAGAAAAAACUACUGAUGGAGAAACAACUACUGAUGGAGAA